AUGAAGACCUCAUCACUCUCGCUCAGCGCUGGUUCGCUGCUUCUUAUGUCCCUUCUCUCGCCCGCAGUCGCCAGUCAAUAUGAACUGGUUGAGUCAUGGCAGGGCGAGGAGUUCUUCGACUACUUCCAUUUCUACACCGGAGCCGACCCGACAAAUGGAUGGGUCACCUAUCUUGACCAGGCCAAGGCAGAAAGCUCAGGUCUGGUAAAGGUCACGGAUUCGGGUAGCGUUUACAUUGGUGUGGAUCAUACGACUACCCUCAGCACGAGUGGCAGCGGACGUGACUCAGUGCGGGUCGGCACCACGAAGUACUACGAACACUCCUUGGUCGUUGCUGAUAUUGCGCAUAUGCCUGGCAGUGUCUGUGGUUCCUGGCCUGCGUUCUGGACGGUCGGUAAGGAAUGGCCACAAGAUGGUGAGAUUGAUAUCAUCGAAGGUGUCAACCUCCAAGAUCACAACGAGAUUGUCAUGCACACCGCUGGUACUUGUGCUUUGACUGAUACGGGCAUGUCCGGCACUGUCAAUGCAACUGGAUGCGGCGAGGAACUUGGAACUGUGGGGUGCGUUAUCGAGGGACAAACGGGUAGCUACGGUACUUCGUUCAACAAUAAUGGGGGUGGUGUGUACGCCAUGGAGUGGACCGAGGAGUUCGUUAAGAUCUGGUUCUUCCCACGCAAAUCCAUUCCGGCUUCCAUUACCAAGGGUGAGCCCGAUGUCAGCGAGUUUGGCACCCCGAUGGCGCUGGUCCAGGAUGGCUGUGAUGUUGCAACCAGUUUCAAGGCGCAAUCGUUCGUUUUUGAUGUGACUUUCUGUGGUGACUGGGCUGGUGGCGUGUUCGGGGAAUCUGGUUGCCCCAUGACUAGCUCCGACUCUUUCACAAGCUGCACCAACUUUGUCGCACAGAACCCUGCCAAGUUCAAGGAGACCUACUGGGAGAUCAACUCGGUCAAGGUCUACCAGACUGGGGUGAAGAGCACAGCCUCGGCUGCUUCGCAUAGCUCUGCUACUCACGAGGCAACUCAAGUGGCUGCUACGCAUCAUAAAGCGACUAAUGCUGCCACCGAGAGCCGUAUAGUUGAAGUUUCCCAGGCUUCGAAUUCGGAGGCCAGCCACUCAGUCGAGAGCGCUACUCAUGCGUCAGUCAUUAUCCAAUCAACUCCUACCGCCGCUGCCUCUGAAGUCGCUACUGAAGCAUCCGGGGAAGAAUCGCAAGCCUCGACGCACGCGAAGCCCGCCGCCACCCGAUACGUUACAGAGUAUGUCACCGGUACUACGACCGUUUGCACUUCGACCGAAGGUUCGACCGAUGCCGCCGCCAACGCUGUUGUUUCUUCCCACGCCUCGCAUGUCGCUCAGGUACCGGCAACCACUCAAUCAACUUCAUCCUUCGAGAUUGAACCCCCAGCUGGAGCUGGAUGGAAAACCUCGACUGAGGCAGCAUCUGGACAGCCUACCACCUCCAGUGCUCCCACCACUCCUGCCCGCCAUGCCGCACCUUCCGGAACCCCGGCGGCCCAGUCGCCCCCUGCCCACACACCAAGUGGCGCUGAUGCCGCUUCUAUCAACGAGGCCAGCCCUCGCCCACCUCCUAGCAAGACAACGUCUACCGCCUCACACCAGAAGCCCACUGCUGGUCCUGGUGGCGACUCAGCCGUGAAGCCUUUGUCAACGCUUUCAAAGCCGGUCAUUCCCAAGCCUUCGGGCGAUUCUGCGGCGUCCACUAGCGGUUACCAGGUUUACCCUGGUGCUUCGAACUCUGCAAGCAGCCCUGUCUUUACCGGCGCCGCUGAUAGAUUUGCUGUUGGAUAUCCCAUGAUCGCCGCUGCGUUCGGCCUUGCUCUUGUCGCAUAG